AUGACGCGACACCGUACCCGUGACACUCAAAUGGGUCGUCGUCAUCGUCGCUCGAAAGUCACCCGGGUAGUGAAUCUCGUCAAGAAAAUUAUCGCUUUCUUCUUCUCACACAUCGGUCUAUGUGCAUUGGUAGUCGGUUAUGCGCUGUUGGGAGCCGUGAUAUUUCAAGCUGUUGAAGGACCACAUGAGGAGCAGAUACAGUCUUCAGUGACGGCAGCUCGUGGACGAGCGGUCGAUGUUGUCUGGAAUGCAACAUUCCGAGUGAAUCGACUUAAUCAAGAUCAGUGGAAGUCAGCCGUAAAAAAGUUCCAAAAAAUCUGCAUGCAUGCAAUUCGGAAAGGUUACGACGGUAAAGAAUUCAAACAAGCCGCGCAAUGGACGUUCACUGGAGCAUUCCUUUACUCACUUACCGUCAUCACAACUAUUGGCUACGGUAACACCUCAGCGAAAACGUAUAUCGGCAAAACUCUCACUAUGCUAUAUGCAAUCAUAGGAAUUCCACUUAUGCUGCUCUUUCUCACCAAUAUCGGUGAUGUAAUGGCGAAAAUCUUCAGAUUUCUCUAUGCACAAUCGAUUCGCCUCAAAUUCCGUUUAAUACUUUGGCACAAGAAAAGGAAGGCGGCGAAAAUUCGUCGUGCGAACUCGCUUGUCUCUCGUCUUACAAAAGCUCAUCGAGUAAAAGCUGAUUCGUCCAUCGAUUCCUUCGCUGUCGGUGAGCAUCAGACCCGAUUCUUCUUCUUCCUUUUACACAUGUUUUGUCCUUCUUCUUGCUCUUGCCCAUGCUCUUCUUGUUGUUCUUGCUCUUCUCAUUUUUCCAUUCUUCUUCUUUCUCUUUUUCUUCCCCUAGAAUCACUUGAAAUUUCAGGUGGUCCUGAUGUAGAGGAUCUGUUAACGGCUCGUGUUGAGAUGGAGCAGUUAGAGGUUCGUGAAACCGCGCAAGCCCAACUCGAAAAGAUUAGCGUGCCGUUAUCUUUGGUGGCUCUCACGAUGUUUGCGUAUCUUAUUGCCGGCACGAUACUCUUCAAGCUAUGGGAGGGUUGGACAUUUCUUGAAAGUUUUUACUUUUGCUAUAUUUCACUCACCACUAUAGGGUUUGGUGAUCGUUUUCCCGGAGCGUCAGUCGGUAACGAUAAGGACUCUCAAGAAAAGUUAGUGAUCACUUCGGUGUAUCUCUUGUUCGGCAUGGCAUUGCUUGCCAUGUGCUUCAACCUAGCUCAAGAAGAAGUUCAACUGAAAACACGAUGGAUUGCUGAUCACUUCCGUUCAAAACACGACAACGAAGACGAUUAA